UGAAAGUAUGAUGCCCAAAUCCAAGGGCUUUGAAUUUUGAAAAAAAACACUGAAAGAGGCCCGUGUUGUGGUUGCUCCCAUGGUGGAUCAAAGCGAAUUGGCUUGGAGACUGUUAAGCCGCCGUCAUGGGGCCCACCUAUGUUAUACACCUAUGCUGCAUGCUCAGGUCUUUGUCAGAGAUGCCAAUUAUCGUAAGGAAAACUUGUAUUGUGAAGUGUGCCCUGAAGACAGACCUUUGAUUGUACAGUUCUGUGCCAAUGAUCCAGAGUUUUGUCGAGGCUGCCUGUUAGCUCAAGCUUACUGUGAUGCAGUUGACCUGAAUCUGGGGUGUCCUCAGAUGAUUGCAAAAAGAGGUCACUAUGGAGCAUUUCUGCAAGAGGAGUGGGACCUUCUCCAGAGAAUGAUUGCAUUGGCUAAUGAAAAGCUCUCUGUGCCUAUUACGUGCAAAAUCCGUGUUUUCCCAGAAAUUAGUAAAACUGAAUAUGCUCAAUUGCUGGAAGCUGGUUGUCAACUUCUAACUGUCCAUGGGCGCACUAAAGAACAGAAAGGACCUCUUGUUGGUGUGGCUUCCUGGGAGCACAUACAUGCUGUGAGAAAGGCUGUAAAAAUCCCUGUUUUUGCAAAUGGGAACAUUCAAUACCUCAAAGAUGUGGAACGGUGUAUUCAGAAGACAGGAGUUCAGGGCGUGAUGAGCGCAGAGGGCAAUCUUCAUAAUCCUGCUUUAUUUGAAGGAAAUCCUGUCGUCUGGGAGGUGGCUGAGGAAUACCUAGAAAUAGUACAGCAAUAUCCUUGCCCGUUGUCCUAUGUCAGAGCUCAUCUCUUCAAACUUUGGCAUCACACGUUGCAGGUUCACCAGAAGCUACGUGAUGAAUUAGCAAAUGAAACACUGGAAGGACUCGUGGCUGUUAACAGGAAGCUGAAGUUGCAUUGCCAGGAAGAAAUAGCGCAUUUGAAGGAAGAAGAGAAGCCAAAGGGAGGAUUACCUUUCUUUCAUUGGAUUUGUCAGCCAUACCUAAGACCAGGGCCUAAGGAAACGUGCAACAAAAAUGCUGCAUCUGGCAUAGAAGGAACUACUCGGGGGAAACGAGCUCUGGAGGAUGAAGAAGAUGGAAACUCUGAUUCUCUUUCAAAAAACAAACAAAAGAAGAAGUUAAGGAAUCCCAACAAAAGCUUUGAUCCCUCAUUAAAACCUAAAUAUGCAAAGUGUGAUCAGUGCGGAAAUCCAAAGGGUAAUAAGUGUGUAUUUAAUCUGUGUCGAGGCUGCUGUAAGAAAAGAGCUUUCAGAGAGACAGCAGAUUGUCCUGGUCACGGUCUGCUUUUUAAAACCAAACAUGAAAAGUCUAUUUUGUGGAAAGAUGGCCAAUCCCACAUAGAAAAUAUAAAGCGGACGGCACAGCAAGGCGAGGUGGAGGAAGCGAUGUUGCUUAAAGAAGCUAUCAGUGGUGUGGCAUGAAACCUUGGAAAGCCCUCCUGGAUCUUCUGACUGUCCUCCCUCCUCCCGCCCUGGGCCAAAGAAACCUCUGCUUCCAGAACACAGCUGUUGACACCACAAGGCCUGUUUUAAAAUUAAUGACAAAUUUUACUUAAGAAAAAGUUACUUUCUCAGGGAAAUGUCCUGCAAUGGAAAUAAAAGGAUGCAAUUAAAGUUUUCACGCUGUGUUGAAAAGACUUCAAAGACUGAACCAGAAGUACUGGCCUUACAAUGCUGCAUUGGAGACAUCUUUAAAGACAUGACCUGCCUGUUUUAAACUUUAUGUAUGGUUUUAAAAUUGGCAAAUAAACCUUUUAUAAAAGUA